CAAGAAGGUAACACAGUAGCACAUCUAUGAGCUCCUAUAACUAUAACUUUUCAAAAUUAUGUCCAUAGACAAAAAUUAAGUGAUAUAUAUAUUUUUUAAACAUUUACUUUUUGUUGUCAAUGAAGAUAAUCUAGCUACUACUUUUGCUUUAAAAUAGAGAUUGACAGCACAAAUCAAAUUUGAUUCGAUAUAUUGUGCAUCACAUUAUCUAAUUUCCUGCACUGAAACAGGGGCCUUGAAAUUCCGUUCUUGCAUGGGUAGCUACUAGUGUAUUAAAUACACUGUUUUGGGAAUUUUUACGAAUGAAAUCGGUUCCAUUCGGAAGAGCCAUGCAUUUUAUGUAUUGAUACAGGCAGGGCUGUUGCUGCAUAGCGCAUUGAUGAAGACACGCGAUCCCGUCGUCUGAUUCAAUGGAAUGGUCUCCCAAGCAGAACUAUAAGACACCAGAGUCAGCAAGGGAUCAUACCACACUGUCCUUGUCAAGUCCCCUGAUCUGUGACAAUGCUCUGAGUCACCUUCCUGUUGCAACAUGUACAUCACAGACCACAGCCCCACUACUGGGGUGGUGACAAUCGUAGUGAUCCUCAUUGCUGUUGCUGCCCUCGGUGUUCUCAUCUGCGGAUGUUGGUGCUACCUGCUCCUGCAGCGGAUUGGCCAGUCUGAAGAUGAGGAGAGCAUUGUGGGAGAUGGCGAGACCAAGGAGCCCUUCCUGAUGGUACAGUACUCCAACAGGGGCCCUCAAGUCGAGCACAAAACCAAGCUCGCCCACAACGGCACUGAGAAUCACACUUAACUGAGCCAUCAAGAAACCGUGUCAUCACCUAAUAUUAACCAAGUGGUGCCCCUCAUUCACAUUUCCUGCUGAUCAUCAUCAUCAACAAGGAUGAUAAACGGACUGCAGCUCAAUGUCAUGAGGAAAUGUGAUAUUUUUGUUUGUCAUUCCACUGUGUGGAUCCCAGUCAGGAUGUGAGGUUGUGAACACUUCAUUGUUAUGUUUCUUAGGUGUACAUAUUUUGUACACAAAAAUUUAAUCUGAUUGAUGUUGGUACUUUUUGUUAACUCAGCAAUCCAUUACUGAAUUGUGACGGUAGACACUAGACAGCGCUCUGAGCAAAUGAGUGGGCAUAACCUUCUUCAGAGCUUGUUGGAAUAAUGUAUGACAAAUUGAUGACAAAACAAUUUACUUUAUGUAAAGUUACUCUGAAAUUAUUAGAAAUUAGCUUAAUUUGUUUGUUGCAAAGUUGAACUUUUGUUUAACUUCAAUAUUCAAAUGUGAGUUAAUAACAAUUUUAAUAAUUUGCUAAAUGCCAAAUUUGCCCAAAGAGACAAAGUGUGAUUCACUUCCGAAAAUGUCUGUUGUUGCUGCUACUUACUAAAUAAUCUUGUACAAAAUACUGAUUCUUUUCUCCUGUGGUUGAACAGGCCUCAACUAAAACCAGACAUUGAUAAAACAUCACAUUUCACAAGCACAACAGGGUCCAGGGUCUGAGUUUUAGUGAGGUCCACACUCUAAAAUACUAUUUGGAGAACAGCAAAAAUUUGGCCAUGAUUACUACACGUUUACAUAGCUGGCUAGACUAAUUUACCA